UGCUUGUGGAGUCCAUCAUCUACAGCGGGGCAGUCAGAACCGUCAGUUCGGGAUGUUUGAGUCCUUGUGGUUUGUGGUGGUCACGCUGGCUACUGUAGGGUUUGGGGACAUUUACCCGGACAUCUGGCCCAGCCAGCUGUUUAUCCUCAUUAUGAUUUGCUUCGUGCUGGUCAUUCUUCCAACACAGUUAGAACAGCUGGCCCUGACGUGGUUGGAGAGACAGAAACUGGGAGGUUCCUACAGCAGUCACCGAGCCCAGACAGAGAAGCACGUGGUGGUCUGUAUGACGGUGCUGCAGGCUGACUCCGUGAUGGACUUUCUCAACGAGUUCUACGCUCACCCAAAGUUGCAGGACUAUUUCGUGGUCAUGCUGUCACCGUGUGAGCUGGACACGACCAUGAAGAUGCUGCUUCAAGUUCCCUUGUGGGCCCAGCGGGUCAUCUACGUCCAGGGGUCAGCACUAAAGGACACUGACCUGACGCGAUGCAGGAUGCAAGAUGCCGAGGCCUGUUUCAUUCUCUCGGCCAGAAAUCACAGGAACACCGCAGACAAAGACGCCACGGACCAACAUACUAUCAUGAGGGCCUGGGCUGUUCGAGAUUUCGCUCCCAAGUGCCCGCUCUACAUUCACCUCUUUCGGCCUGAAAAUAAAUUCCACGUGAAAUUUGCAGAUAAUGUAGUGUGUGAGGAUGAAUUCAAGUACGCCUUACUGGCCAACAACUGUCUGUGUCCUGGCAUCUCCACGUUUGUCACCUUGUUGCUCCACACAUCACGAGGACAGGAAGGCCAGACCUCACACGAAGAAUGGCAGAGAUUAUACGGCAAGUGUUCAGGCAAUGAAAUCUACCAAAUACGUCUUGGAGAUAGUAAAUUUUUUGGCGACUAUGAAGGAAAGAGUUUUACAUACGCUUCAUUUCAUGCUCAUCGCAAAUAUGGAGUCAGUCUGGUGGGAAUCCAGCAGGAUUUGCCAGGCAGUACAAUCCUCUUGAAUCCCGGUCCACGUCACAUCAUGAGAAAAACAGACUUCUGUUUCUACAUGAACAUCACCAAGGAGGAGAACUCUGCCUUUAUUCUGACCCAUCCCAACCAGGACUGUACGACUUUUGACCGAGCAAGGUUGCCACUGGGGACAGAGAAGCCAUCUCGAGUGGCUAGCAUGAUAGCUGGCGUUGGCACAGUUGCUUUAGAGCUUCAGCACACAAGAGCUCAAAACUGCAGUGCAGACACCAACAAUUUGUCAAGGACAGGUAGCAGAAGACAUAAUCUCACCCUGCCGAAGGGUCUCAACAUCCAGAGUCUACAGAAGAGGCCAAGUAUUGCUCCAGUUCCGGCUGUGCUGGAUAUGAGAAACAUUCAUGUCAACAUCCUGGGAUCAGACUCCGAGGAUGAGGAUGAGGAUGAACCUGAUGCAGAGAUUGAUGAUGAGUUUCCUGAAUAUGUAAAAGGAUUUCCACCUGUAACUCCAUACGUUGGAACCAGUCCCACAUUGUGCCACUUGCUGAAAGUUAAGCGCCAGCUUUGUUGCCUUCAGUUGGAUAUUGCCUGCCCUCACUGCAGUCAUCAAAAUGCAAAAGAGUACAACUGGCCAAAUCCGGUUAUCAUUGUGGCUGCUGACCAUGCUAGCUCCGGUCUCUACAAUUUUAUUGUGCCUUUAAGAUCACACGCUCGCCCCAGGAAAUCCCUCAGCCCAAUUGUGUUACUGCUUUCAAAACAACCAGACAACAGUUUCCUCAAUAUGAUCAGCUACUUUCCCCUUGUGUUCUGGAUGAGAGGGUCUAUAGACUGUGUUGAAGACUUGUUGAGGGCGGGCAUCAACCUGACAGAAAACGUUGUAGUUGUCAACAAAGAGACUUCCAAUUCACGAGAAGAGGACACACUGGCUGACUGCAACACCAUCAUCUCGGUGCAGACUAUAUUCAGGUUAUUCCCCAAAGCAAACAUCAUCACAGAAAUAUCUCAUGCAUACAACAUGAGGUUCAUGCAGUUCCGGCCGGAUGAUCUGUAUGCCUUGUCCCUGUCCAAGCAAGAAAAGAAAGAGAGAGAAAGAGGAUCCAACAUUUACUAUAUGUUCCGUCUGCCAUUUGCUGCUGGGAAUGUGUUCAGUGCUAGCAUGUUGGAUGCUCUGUUGUAUCAGGCAUUUGUGAAAGAUUACCUGAUGACGUUUGUAAGGCUUCUUCUGGGAAUUGACAUGGCUGUUGGGUCUGGCCAUUUAUCAUCUAUGAAAAUUACAAAAGAUGAUCUUUGGAUUCGAACCUAUGGCCGGCUGUACCAGAAGCUUUGCUCUACCACCUGUGAAAUACCCAUAGGUAUCUAUCGCACUCAGUACCACUCAGGAACAGAAGUUGUUUCGGUAAGGCAGUAUUCAUCAUCAUCACCCUGUUAUGCUGAAAUGUUGGAGAAGGGACUGCUGACCCCUGAGAGACAGGACAUCAUUCAGAUGGUCAAGUGUCGGAUGAAGACACAGGGUCUUACACUGCAAGAUUAUAGUGAAGUGACUGACAAAAGGUUUACCAUCUCCUAUGUGGUCAUAAACCCAAGCUAUGACCUUAAACUGGAGUUAGGGGACAUUGUGUACACAAUCCAGCCAAGCUCCCUGUCCCCUCUUCCUUCCCCCUUGACUGAUGAACGUAAACUUCUGGGUGAUGAUGACACAAGGCAAGGCCAUACGGUUGUGAAUGAAAUGGAGUCUUCUGAUACAGAGGACAAGGAGGAGGAGGAGAGAUGCAAUGAUCAUUUGUUGGCUAACACAGCACAUGAGUCCUUAAUUUCAAAGGUGCCUGAGGUAUGUCUGUAA